UCUUUAAAAACCCACACCAUAUUGAGCAAAAACAUGGCUGUCAACACCGGGAAUAUUGAUGUUAUCAUUGAUAAUAAGGAGAAAGAACCACCUAAAUGUGCACAUGGACCAACGCUGUUGUUUUCACGAUUUGACCAGAACUCAGGAACAGAACGAAGGUUUUAUGCGUGUUCAGCUUUUCGAGACAGAAAGGCAUGUCCAUUCUUCCAGUGGGCGGAUGACAAGACGAAAACCAGUCAAGAACACCAAAAAUGCUUGCGUGUGCCAUCCCUUUGGCCUUCGAUGAAUCACAAAUGUUUGAGAAAAAGGUUCCUUAUUGUGAAGCGGCUGGAUCCCUCUCAAAGGCAGCUCUGCACAGACUGUGGAUUGUUGUUGCUGCCAGGUGAAGCAGAGCAACAUGAAGGUCAAGGUCACAACAUUGUAACCGGAAUAAAAAAUGUCCAGCUGAAACAUCCAACGGAACUCUUUACUCCUCUAGAUGACAACAAAACUUUUGCUCAAUAUUUAUUCAGCCCAAACACAGUGGAGUUUGUACUGGAGACUCUAACAGCUCAGAAAGCAACACAUGUACUUUGCAUUGGAUGUCCUAGAAUUCAUGAAGCAAUACAGUGUAUAAAAGAUGGCUCUAUGGAUAGUCUUCUCAUGGAUCUAGACCAUAGAUAUCUGCAGAUGUAUUCACCUAAAAAGUUACUCCAGUACAACAUGUUGAACCAUCAUUUCUUUGCUGGGGAAACAGACCGGUCCACCUAUGAGGGGUUUCUGGGGGCAGGAAAGGUUGCUGUGGUGAUAGAUCCGCCCUUUGGUAUCAUGGUAGAGGCUCUGUCACAUACACUGGACCGGCUGCAGCAGGACUGGAGGGCACACGCAGAUCUACCAGGUACUGGGGAAGAGACGAAGCUGCCUGUAUUCUGGUUUUUCCCGUACUUUAUGGAGCAGAGGGUUAUAGACACCUGUCCAACACUCGCUAUGCUGGACUACAAGGUGGACUAUGUAAAUCACGCCCUGUUCCGUGGAGAAGGAGGCCGAAAGAAGGGCUCCCCAGUCCGCAUCUUUACCAACAUUCCUGCUAAACAGAUCACUCUGCCUGCUGAUGAGGGAUAUUGGUACUGUGGAGAUUGUGAACGCUUCAGCAGCCUGGAGAACAAGCACUGUGACCUGUGUAAGGCUUGUACCACAAAGGAUGGUUGUACCUACCGUCACUGCGACAGAUGUGGGCGCUGUGUGAAGCCAUCUCGAGUCCACUGUGACACCUGUAAUGUCUGCGAUAUUCCCACUCACAGCUGCUCCAAACCCAGAAGUAUAGGUUGCCAUAUCUGUGGGAAAGUUGGUCACAAGAGGAGAGAAUGCCCUGACAAGGGUGGCCCACACGAACAAUCUCUCGGCAGAAAAGGGAAGAGAAAGAUGAGAACAGACAUGAAGGCAAACAGCAGAGAUAGAAAGAAAAGAAGAGAGACGAAGAUGGAUAGUGUACAAUAGCUUCUUCACUGGGUCCAUACAUAAAAACAAAGCUGAAAGACUUAACAAUAACAUGUCAAGAUUAUGUUUAAUAUGGGUGAUUUAUUUGAUGCAGUAACUUUGUUUAUGGUUAUUUAUUUGUGAGGCAGUGAAAAUAAAUAAAUAAAAAUAACGAU